GGAGGUGGGAUCCUGCUCCGGUCCUUCUGACAGUCCCUGCCAUCAUCUCUGCUUAGUCCGGAUGUCUGGCUACUGUUGUGCUGCCAGCGCCACCCGGAACAGGGCCCCUUGGCGCCCCCACCUGGGAGUGGAUGGGAAUGCCACGCUCCGCUGCCUAUAUUUAGUUUCACGGCAGUUCCGGUUCUGGCGUUUGUAUUUCCGAUCACGUGUUUUGCGCCUGCGUCGUCCACCUGGGUGGAUAGGGUAGCAGAAGCCCCGCCCAGACUCCAUUUCCCGGUGUUCGCCGCGGUAGCGCGGGGUGUAACGGGUGUUGUAGUUCGGCUGCUCUUCUGGCUGGUCCAGCUACAUCGACUAGCAGGAUGUCGGAGGUGCGGCUGCCACCGCUACGCGCCCUGGAUGACUUCGUUUUGGGGUCGGCGCGUCUAGCGGCCCCGGAUCCUUGCGACCCGCAGCGAUGGUGCCACCGUGUCAUCAACAACCUUCUCUACUACCAAACCAACUACCUUGUCUGCUUCGGCUUCGGUCUUGCCCUGGCUGGGUACGUGCGCCCGCUGCACACUCUCCUAAGCGCGCUGGUAGUGGCAGUGGCCCUCGGGGUACUGGUGUGGGCGGCUGAGACGCGCUGCCGCCGCAGUCACCCCGCCGCCUGCCUGGCCGCAGUGCUUGCCGUUGGCCUCCUGGUCCUCUGGGCGGUGGGCGGCGCUUGCACUUUCCUGCUCAGCAUUGCCGGGCCAGUGCUUCUGAUCCUGGUGCACGCCUCGCUGCGCCUGCGCAACCUCAAGAACAAGAUAGAGAACAAGAUUGAGAGCAUUGGUCUCAAGCGGACACCAAUGGGGCUGCUACUGGAAGCGCUGGGACAAGAGCAGGAGGCUGGAUCCUAGGGCCUUGGGAUCUAUCUGUACCCAUGACCUGGAGAAUCCCAACCCCAACCCAUAACCGGGAGUUAGAGCCUUUUCCCAGUCCUUAAAAUAGGAGCCUCUUGCCCAGUUAAAAAAGCAGGGCAUCUGUAAUGCUCCCCCUACCCCACCCCUAGAUCCAAAACUACCCAGUCCCCAUUGCCUAGGGGAACAGAGUCUUCCCCAGCCCUGAACUUGAGACACAGAGCCACUCAUCCAUCCAGCCCAGAAGUGGGGCUUAGAGAUUAGAGUAUCCAUGGCCAAUAUCAAAUUCUGGAUGGAACCCUCCCACAAACCUAAUCUGGGACCCACUUGUCUCCCAUGCUCAGUCCCAAAGCUGGGGUGUGGGACGGAGACAUUCUCAAAUCUUGAGUCUUAGAUCAAGGCUUUUCCAGAUCACACCCCAGCUUUGAACCCAGAACAAGGCAUUGCCAAAUCUUGACCCCAGGACCAAAGUGUUCUCAGUCCCCUCUGGGUAGAAGUCAGGUAUCCUGAUCCUGUUGAACCCUUGGUCCCCAGUAACCCCAACACUCACCAGUCCCAUUUGCCUCCCUUCAGCUCUGCUUAGGGAUUCUGCCCCUCACCCCCCCCCCCCCCACACACACACAAGUUCCACGGUGGUGAGGACCAUGGGGUGGGGGUAGCGCUGACCUGGAAUGAGGCAUAUAUAUCAGUGUUAUUGCAACAAUAAAAGCUGUUACAUCGCUCAAGCCAAUUGGGCCUAUCAUA